AUGGCUAAGGAUGCAUGGGACACCUUGAAGCAAAAGUAUAGAGGUGAUUCUCAGGUUCGAGAUGUGAAUUUACAAGGUAUUAGAAGGGAUUUUGAAUACGCUAGAAUGAGAAAAGAUGAGAUGCUAUCCACUUAUUUGACUAGAAUGUUUAAUCUGAUUAACCAAAUGAAAGUGUAUGAUGAGGAGUUGUCAAACAAGAGAAUAGUUGAAAAAUUGUUAAUAAGCCUUACUCUUAACAGUGCCAAUAUUGUCUUUGGGUUUGAGGGGACUAAGAAAUUUGACGAGAUUAAUCCUACUAAGGUUGUCGCCACUUCAAAACGAUUUGAGCAAAAGUUGCUUAGGCAUGAUCAGGAGAAAGAAAUCACUGAGAAAGCUUUUAGUUUAUUCGUGGAUCGAAAGGAUUUAGGCAAGGAGCCUAGUGGCAAGGGACGCUCUGCUUACCUGUGA